AUGUUCGUUACUGCCCUGGCCCGGUCCGAGAAGAAGAACCCUCUUACAGUGUCGCAACGGUCGAACAACCUCCAGUUCUCACGUUCCCCGCAUUUUAAUGGACUCCCCUCAUCCCAACUCGGAACUCGAUCGAUUUAUCUAUAUACGGACCCACGCUCGAUUUCUGCGGAGGGACGUCCGGCGAAGAAACAGUUCCAGCCUAAUAAUGUCCAUACGGUUCCAAGGGAGGAUUCCAGCAGCCCCCCACCACCACCGUAUACCCGUCGAGCAAUUGCUUCGUUGAUUACACCUUAUUUGCAGCAGAACCCCUCUAAGCGUACCAGCAAAAAUGCCCGCCAUCCCCACAGGCUUUCCUCAUCUGCUUCGUCCAUCCGCAGCGUAACCAGUAGCAUUCUGUCUAGGAAGCGGAAACACUACUAUGAACACCCUACUCUUGCAAAGCUACCCUCUGAGAUCUUGGAUGAAAUAUUUUCGUACUUGGACCAGCCUACUCUACUAUCGCUUGUGAAAGUAUCCAAGCGGAUGGUAGAGGAAGUGGCGUACACGCUGUACGCUCAACCAUGCUUUGCUUCGACGUAUCGUUUCGCACAGUUUGUCACGGUAGUGACCCAAAAUCCCAUGCUAGCCCGGAUGGUGCGUGUGCUGGAUCUGUCACAGUUGGGAGCAUGUGUAGAGGAAGAUGUUCCAUUGGCUGGCUGGAGGGAGUGGAAGUACAGAGACUCACCACUCCACACCAUUCACAGAGAUGAUGUAGGGAAGAAGAGAAUCACAUCUAGACCCUCCAUCAUGUCUAUGAAAUCCGCUACCUCUAGCAUCGUAAAUAGCGGCUUACACCCGCUCCCGUCGCCGUUCCUGAAACAGUAUUCCCUUUCCCGAGACGUGCCCAUCGGAGCACUGAUUCAUCUGCUCACAGCUUGUACUUACAUCCGGAAGCUCAACUUUUCCGGCGUACCGCUGGCAGCAGAUUACUCGGUUAUGCACACCAAGUCUGCGUCGUAUACGCCUGUUGCGUUCACGGGGCUGCUUUUCGUUUCUGAUGUCCCAAAAAGUUUCACUUGGAAAGAGGGUGACACGAAGCCUUUGCAUGCAGCUGUCGACUUGGUGGAUGCUAUUACCAACCUGAAAUGUUUGACCUCGCUUAAGAUCAAAGGCGGGCUUUGGGUGACGCGGGACGCAGCCACCACACUUGUUGAAAGGUGUCCAAAGCUUGAGAAGGUUGACUUCAGAGAGUGUGGCAUGUAUAAGGGGAACCGCUGGGCGGUGAACGGGCCAAGGGACAAAGUCAGAGAGGUUCUGCUUUCGGAGGGAGACGUGCAACCAACGAGGAGGUAA